AUGUAUUGUACAAGAAAGCAUCUUUUAUUUGAUAAAAGUUACUUAAUCACUUUUAAUCAAGAUAGUAUGAAUAUUGGAGAAGUAUUUUAUUGGAUAUUAAAAUAGUCUACAUAACUUACGAAGUAUUCAAUACCUUUAAAACUUGAAACAUAAAUUGAUUGGAAAGUCUCCUAAGAAGAUUUUCAAUUGGAGGCAUUUAGUAUAAAUUGGAGGAAUGAACAUAGAUAUUUUUAUGCAGACCAUAAUGUACUUCUUAGAGUCAAGAAUAAUAUUUGUGGAAAAGUAGUUUUUAAAAAUAUUGAUAUUUUCUAUAAAACAAUAGGGAAGAUUGAGAGUAGAGGUCAAAGUUUGGUAUUUAUUGUAGAAUAUUUGUUUAUUAGAUAAGUAAAAUAUAAGGAUUAGAUGAUGAUAAGGUUUAUGCUUGUAAGGAGUUAAAUAAACAUAAACCAUACUCUAAGAAAGUAUUAUAAUAAUUAAAAUCUUAGUUAUUUGAAAAUGAAGUUGAAAUUUUGAAGUAAAUAAGUCAUCAAAAUAUUAUAAAUUUGAUAGAGGCAUUUGAAAAUGAAAACUCCUAUUUAAUAGUUUUAGAAUAUUUGAGAGGAGGAUCUCUAAGUUAAUGUCUUAAAUAUUGCAAAUUAUAAAUAGAUCAAAUAGAAAUCAUAAUAAAGGUAUUGUUUGUAUUUGAAAAUUAGUAAAUUUUAGAGGCUAUUUCUCAUUUACAUGAAAAAGGAUUUAUUCAUCGAGAUAUCAAACCUGAUAACAUACUUUUUUGUGAGUUAGGAUAGUUUUCAAAUUUAAAGCUCAUAGAUUUCGGGAUUUCUUGCAAAAUUAUAAAUUAAGACAAUGAUUCAAAUAUGAAUUUUGGAACUCCUGGUUAUAUGGCACCAGAAAUAAUAAAUCGCUCCAAUUAAUAUAGGAUUUCAUAAAAAAUAGAUAUUUUUAGUUGUGGAGCCAUUAUUUACUACUUGUAAUCAAUUUAUCAAUAUCUUAGGUUAACAGGAUCAAAAUUAAUAUCUGGAUUAAAUUCUUAAGAAUUAUAUCAGAAUAAUAAGGUGUUUUCUCUAAACAAUCAAAUUCUUUAAAGAAUAUAAGAUCCAAACUAUAGGGUAUUAGUUUCAAAAAUGCUUAUUGAUGAUCCUGAGUAGAGAAUUGAUGCAAAAUAAGCAUUAAAUUAUAUUUAACUCAUGAAUAUUCCAGUAAAUAUUUCUUUAUCUACUUCAUUACAUUGUUCAUAAGAUCCAAUCCAAAAAUUACCAGACUUUAAACAAUUAAUUAGAAAAUUAUGA